AUGUUGCAAUGGAUUGCCGGCACAGCACAUAUGAUAAUGCGUAUUAAGCGUCGUCUAGUCAGUAACCUUUCCGUGAGUUCAAGAACUGCGCUGACAUUAGUCACAGGUGCGUUCACGGGUUCGGAUGAUGAGUAUUAUGCGCAGGGAAAUCGACGGUGCGGAGUGCGACUCUUUCAAGAUCCGUAUAACCCAGACAGUGAAGCUAUGAAGUUCCCUUGCCCGUUCCCAGGGUGCACAUACAGAACCCUCCAGGCAGGGAACCUGAAACCACACAGCCUGAAACAGUGCGUGCUUGCACCAACAGUGCAUCAGAGUCUUCUUUCGCUCACCGAUCCUGAUGCCACUGCCCAACUCAGGUGUGGACCAUCUAUGUCUGACUCCGUGAACGUUUACGGUGCAUUCAUUGGCGACAGCAUCGACUUCUUUGUUCCCUCCGCGUCGCUCGAACUUCUGGAAGGUCACCCGACUGACGUUUUCUACGGCUCGCACACGGCACAAGAUCUAUCGAAUCAUAGCGCCGUCCCCAGCCAAGUUAAUGGCAAGCUCAAAGAGUCAUAUUGCACGUUGGCAUACAUUUCUCGUGCAGGAUUUUCGACCGAGAAUUUCCAGAACCAAGGCGACUUCGUUGGGGUGGGCGAUCCGAACAGAGCCAGCUAG